CCGCCCGCACGCGCGCCAGAAUCCCUGGCCUGCCUUACUCCGAAUUCACUCAUCCUCGUUCCGCUCCUCGUGGAGAUCGGACGUGGACGCGGGGAUCUCUACGUGCAACGGUAAACGAUCAACGACAGGUAAACGUCACGACGAGUGUUAUUGCGGCGACGAGAGGCGGAGAGUGGUAGUGAUCCACGCCGGAUGCGACAGCCCGUGAACGGUGCCAAUUGCGUCCAAUUUGUGUCCGAGUAGACGAUGACGAUCUUCGAUAUCGGAAAAAGACGCUAGAUCUCGUUGUGAUUGAAUAAAGAAGAAAAUUUUGAAAAAACAAAUGUGCACCGUUCGAGGGAAGAGUGAAUGCGGAACGAAAGGGAGGUCUUUUCUUGCUCUUCAGAAGUGCCUGGAGAACUAGAGUGCUUUGCACUAGGACACAGAAGUGCCGCGCAAACAAGGUUCUCGUGACAUAUAGUUCGUUCAACGGCGAAUUAUAAUUCGUUUUCAUAGAGCAGCUGAUUAGAGCGUCGGGGUUUACGUUCGUUAAGCACAAUGAAGUACCGGCGGCUUUGAAGUUGUCGAACCGUAAAUCUCCAUGUCGGGAUAACGAAUUUUCGGUAAACGCUCGCCCUUCUUUCGCUUUGAGAGGAGUGCUGAUUAUACGAAGGUACGACAAGGUCGGUGAUUUAUGGCGGAAAAAAGGCCAGAGAGAGGCUCUACGAGGGUGCGAGAAGAACGGAAAUUAGAUAUGCACACCUCGUGUAUAAUCAUGUAAUCGCUGCAUCGAAUCCGAGGCGUGUUGGUUGACGCAAAGUAUCUGUUCAAAUUUCUCAACAUCAGCGAGACAUGGAGCUUCUCCGGUUAUUUUUAAUAAGAUCAUGAUCAAGAAGCUAAGCUGCGUCGAUGGUCACUUCAUCUUUGAGUCAAUGAAUAUAUAUAUUGAACAUAUACGCCGUUUGCAUUAUAUUCCUAUAAGAAAGAAAGCCACUCAGUUAAUAGAAAAUUAAUUAAUUAUUCUAAACCUGGCACAACCAGGAGCAUCUUAAUCUUCAUCUUCGACAAGCCUUCACCUUCGACAAGCUUGAAGUCAUAAUCGAGAUGGAUCUACGUCUCUACUAAGCAACUAAAUAUCGCAUACAUAUAUCUAGACGUCCAAUCAAUCUCUCGUGGAUAGGUCGCGACAAAUCGAUGGGACUCGGGAACAAUCGACGUCUACGUCACCGGCAUCAUGUCCGGUUGGCCGUGGACGAUCGGCCGUGCAUCAUCCUCGCAGCAACGAGCGAUCGCAUCGAGUCGCCGCGAUUCCGGAUGCCGAGGUAAUUUCUCGCCGCGCGAGAUAACUCGCGCCGGAAGUGUUCGCGAGGUCGGCAGCCCUCGUCCCUUUCUUCGCUGCACCAGGUGGACAACCGCAAGAGCGGCGCCUUCCGAUAACCGGAAAUAGACGGCGAGACGUAAGGUACAUGGCGAGUUUCGGGCCGCGGUCUGAGAAGAGUGAAACGACAAGUGAGACGCGAAGGUGAAAUAUUGGACGCGACUUGGGGAGGAUAGUACAGGAUAGUGAGAUAAGGAUACUCGUGAUACACGCCGCUCUCUCUAUUCAAGUUAGUGGUAAGCUUCGGCGGUGAAUCCGAUCCGAGAAGGAUUACAGUAAGAGGGUAUGAGGAAGAAGGAUACGGAGGAUAGCACGUAGCGCGAAUGGCCCCUUCUCGUUUCGGAGAGAUGCGGCGCUAUCCACUGCAUAUCAACGUAGCCCUCACCAUCGUUCUAUCGGCGAUUUGUGCAACCGUUGUCGUCGUCGUGCGUGCUGCCAAACAAGAGAGAGAGGUCUGGUAUGAAGCGGCGACGCGGGCGAUUGAGGCGCGGAUCAGGGCGGCAGCGAGUUCCAGCGUGAGCGGCACGACGCCGCCGGCGGGGGUGGCGCGCGGCAUCGUCCUCUUCGUCGGCGACGGCAUGGGGAUGAGCACCCUGACCGCGGCGAGGAUUCUUUCGGGUCAGCGUCGCGGGAAUCCGGGCGAGGAGACGCAGCUCGCGUGGGACAACUUUCCGGCGGUGGCGUUGGCGCGGACGUACAACACGGAUGCCCAGGUUGGCGAAUCGUCGGCAUGCGCAACGGCAUUACUCUGUGGAGUUAAAGCCAAUUACGAGACCGUUGGUCUGGAUUCGUCGGCGCGCUUCGAGGAUUGUAACUCCAGUUUGGAGGCGCGCGUUCCUUCGCUUAUUAAUUGGGCCCAGGCUCAAGGCAAAUCGACGGGCCUGGUUACAACCACGAGGGUCACACACGCGACACCGGCGGCUCUUUAUGCGCAUGCAGCCAGCCGUUACUGGGAGGACGAUGGAAAGGUGCCACCUGCUGCACGUACCUCCUGCAAAGACAUUGCGCGUCAGCUGCUCGAGGACGAUCCCGGCCGUAACAUCACCGUUGUGCUCGGUGGUGGCAGACGUCAUUUCGUACCGAAGGUGACUUUAGAUCCCGAAGACCCGGAUAAGGAGGGCAGACGUCUGGACGGUCGAAAUCUCAUCGAGGAAUGGUCCAGGAAUCAUCGUCGAAAAAAUAUCCCCGCAAAAUACGUCUUCAACAAGGAGCAAUUUGAGAACGUGGACCCGCGAAAAGUAAACCGUCUCUUAGGUCUCUUCGCCUAUUCUCACAUGGACUUCGAUGUCGACCGGAACACGAACGACACCGGCGAUCCUUCUUUAGCCGAGAUGACGAUUAAGGCGCUUCGGAUACUUGCGAACAAUCCCGAGGGAUACUUUCUCUUCGUGGAAGGUGGAAGAAUCGACCACGCUCACCAUUACAACAACGCUUAUCGCGCCCUGGAUGAGACCCUGGCGUUGGAGGAAGCUGUCCAGGCAGUUAUGAAAGAGGUCGAUCUCACGGAAACGCUUCUCGUGGUAACGGCGGAUCACUCACACGUAUUAACCCUCGGCGGACUGGCGACACAUCGCGGGAAUCCCAUAUUCGGCUCUGACAGCAAGUUGUCGGACGUUGACGGACAGCCCUACACAACGUUGUUGUACAGCAACGGUCCGGGUUAUACGGAUCCGCGGACUAUCCUGCGGGAGGCUGGGAAGGAUUCCAUUCAGACGGCGGGUGUGCCGAGGGCGUGGGCGACGCACGGCGGCGAAGAUGUUCCGGUGUUCGCCAUCGGGCCCCUAGCGAGCACCCUGUUCUCCGGCAGCGUCGACCAGAGCUACAUCCCGCACGCGAUCGCCUACGCCGCCUGCCUGGCCCAUCACGCCAGCCGUUGCUCACGGGAUCCUGCAGGCAGCAACGCCAGCGACACAAUGAGCUCCGCGCCGAUAAGCUGUCCCUCGGCGGAGCCCAACAGCGCGGCGAUAUCCAGCGACGUGAUGAACGACCAGGCGCGAAAUCAACCCCCGAAAUCCGCCGGACCACGCUGUUCGCUGGCCGUCCCGUUGCUGCCGCUGCUACUGCCGCUGAUGCUGAUGACGAUGACGUCCCCCGUUCUGCCGAUUCUCCGGUGUCCCUUCGAAAGGACAAGUUAAUGCGACCCACUUCCGCGUGUCCGAAACUGACGUCAGCGGUACACGACGUGUCGAGGAGCUACCUAAAUACCUGGGCGCGGUAAUAAACGGUCGAUUGAGCGACCGCGGUGUAAAUUUGACGGGACGGAACGACAACGAGAGUGGUCGUAUCGAGAGCGAACCAUGCGACAUCGUCCCUCGCUGAUGAACCGGAUUAAACGGAUCGUUUGCGCCGGCUACGAUCAGAAAAUCGAGUGUUGGUGCGCGCGAUAGGAUAUAACGCAUUUUCGGUAAGAAGAGACCUAGCCGAGAUUCCUCGCGAUGAUCUUCUUGUCGUGAAGGGAUGAAGGGAAUGAAAGCGUAUCUGGUAUUCCUCGUAAAACUCGAGUCGAUUUAUAAAUCGGAUGUUGGGACGAUUAGAUCGAUGUGCAAUGUUGAUGAGAACUAAAACGUCGUUGUGUAUAAUUUCUAAAUUUUCUUGUGUAUUUUUGUUUCUUUGUUGCGACUACUUGUAUUAUACUUCACGGAAGUUUAAUUGAUGCACGUUCUUGUCUGAGGUCACCUAAAGAUUUUAUAAAUUUUCCGCUAAUGGCUGAAGCUUCUCCAAUGAACUGGAAGAGCUUUAAUAAGGAGAUUGGAAGCGGAGCUUUUUGCUCGCUUACUUUAUUUCAAAGUUUAAGGGAAUUUAUAUUUUUUGACAUAUUUUAAUAUUUUUAUUUUCUAUUGAUUAUAUUAGUUGUGUUUGAUAAGAAACAUUUUCAUCCCUUUAUUUUUUCUAAAAAAUAUAAUUCCUGUAUAAGAAGGUUCAUCAUC